GCAGCAACAACAACACAUGAGGCUAACCGGGCUAAAGCUAAAGCUAAUCUUUUACCCUCUCAAGGUCGUUUAAUCGCGCUUUCGGUUCAGGAUUAUGAACGGUUUUGAUUUAUCAUCUUAAAUAAGUUUAUAAACACGUUCAUAUUCCGAACAGACGAAGCUGAAGUCAGCGUCUUUUUCUAAUUCUCCCGGUCCACCUUAAAUAGCGCCGCGUUACAUUCUGGCGCAUGAAGCGUUCUAUUAAUAACUGCUGCGCUAUUUAAGGUGGAACGGGAGAAUUAGAAUAAGAAGUUGGCGAAUAGGAGGCCAACUUUAGCCUCGUGAUUAACAGCGUGUAGGGGCGAAUCUGAGGGCUGAUUAAAGGUUAAUAAAAGCUCGGUGUUGUUAUUAUAGCGGGUUAUAAGCAGGUUAUAGCUGUGUGUUGAUAAUUCAGGUUAGCUGUGAUGCUGAGAGCCGCUCUGCGCUGCGGGCUGACCGGCGCUGCUCUCCGGGUCUCGGGGAGCUCGGUGAGUCCUCCUCUCCGGGUCUCGGGGAGCUCGGUGAGUCCUCCUUUCCUCCUCUCGGGGAGCUCGGUGAGUCCUCCUCUCCUCCUCCGGAGACAGCUCUGCACCUCCACACCUUCACCAGCCGCUCCCACUCAGCCCGGGGAGGAGGAGCGGUUCGGAGACUACUGCUCCGACUUCUCCUCUAGGACGAGCUUCCGCAGAGCCAGUCCGGAGCAGCAGGAGCUGAGCUAUCAGAGAGCCGGAGAGGAGGAGCAGCAGCAGGAGGAGGAGGAGAAGAAGAUCAGGAGCUUCAGGACCAGGACAGGCCGCAGGAACACGGCGUACUGGUACUUCCUCCAGUGCAAGAGGCUCAUCAGAGAGAACAGACUGGCUGAGGCGCUGCAGCUGUUUGAGGCUGAUAUGCUGAAGGGUGAGCGGCUGCAGCCUGAGGAGUUUAAUUACUCUGUCCUGAUUGGAGGAUGUGGACGAGCCGGUUACGUCAGAAAGGCCUUUCAGCUCUACAACAACAUGAAGAAGCGAGGCUUAGAGCCGUCCGACGCCACCUACACCGCCCUGUUCAACGCCUGUGCGCAGUCGCCAUGGAAACAGUCAGGCCUGGAGCAGGCGCUGAAGCUGCGUCAGGAACUGCGCCGGAAGAACGUUCUACUCAAUGCCAUCACCCAUCACGCACUGCUGAAAACCGUGGCCCUGUCCGGCGACCUGAAGGCUUGCUUUCAAGUGUUAAGGGACAUGCUUCAAAGUGGACAGGCCAUCACGCAGGAGACGUUUCAGUACCUGCUGAUGUGCUGUGUGGAGGACAAGCAGCAGGGCUUCAGACUGGCGUUACAGGUGUGGCACCAGAUGCUCAGCGCUGGCAUAAAACCAGAUCUGCAGAAUUACAACAUCCUCCUGCGUGCCGCAAGGGAUUGUGGGAUAGGUGACCCUGCCGUGGCUUCUGCGUUGCUCCUCAGGGGGCGAGAGGAGUCCGGCCCCAAAGUCACGGCUCAGAGGAGACGACAGCGAUCAAAGGUCAGAGAAGAGACGCCACAUUCUAAGCCUUUAGACGUGGACUCCUUUGAGAGCCGCCUGUUAGCGUUGCCGGCUCACUCCAGCGCACCGGACACGCGCUCAGACGGCCAGUCACAGUCCAGAGACGACACUUUGGACCUCUCUGAGGCGGAGAGCCUGAGGAGAAACGACAGAAACACUCAGAGAGUGGACGAGACCUCAAACUUGACCGAACAAACUCAACUGCUGACUCUGUCCUCAAGAAAUGACCUUCUGUCUGCUCCACCAACAUCCACGACCCAAAACUCCCACCUUCCAAACCUGCUGGACCCAAGCACCUUCCGCUCAGACGUGGUUGCCUUGGGAACGGUGAGCACCACGUCUGAUAGGCUGGCGCUGAUGGGCAAUCUGGAGGGCUUCUUGGGUAAAAUGGCAAACAAUGGACUGAAGCCCACCAUCAAAACGAUCACGCUGCUGGCGGACGUCAUGGAGCCCAGCAGCCAGUCGAUUCAGAGCCUGAUCUCUGUGGCCGCUGAGAGCGGGGUGAAGCUGGACGUGGCUUUUUUUAACACUCUGAUCCGGAAGGCGGCUAAAGCAGGAGAUCUGGGAGGAGCAAAGGCUGUGAAGGUCCUGAUGGCUGAGAGGAAGCUGCCUGCAAAUGCUCAGACGUUCUGCGGUAUCGCUCUGGCCUGCAGCAGACAGAAAGACGGACUUCAGCUUCUCUCAGACAUGGAGGCGUGUGGCAUUAAGCCCAACGUUCAUGUGUUCAGCACUCUGAUAAGCCAGGCGACCAGGCGUUUGGACUACGCGUACUUACACGAACUGCUGAAACAAAUGCACCGACUGCAGGUUCCUCCCAACGAGGUCAUCAUCCAGCAGCUCGAGUUCGCAGCGCAGUAUCCCCCCAACUAUGACCAGUUCAAGUCCAAAAACACCUACUUGGAGAAGAUAGAUGGUUUCCGUGGUUUCUACAGACAGUGGCUGGAGUUCAUGCCAGGCGAGGAGACUCCACACCCGUGGGACAAAUAUCGCCUCCCCGAACAAGACGGAGUCAGCUCGCAAAACCAGUCCACGAACUCCAACCAAUCCUCUGAAACCACUCAAAGAACUGUCCAGCCAAGCCAUUAAAUCAGCAAAUUAAGUCAGUGUUAUGGAUUUUGUGUUCUUCUGCCUGAUGAUCAAGGACCACUGACUUAGUGGUCUACCUGCCACACUUGCCUGAACCAAAUUCUUGGUAAAUAAUCAUGCUGGAGAGUUCUGUUAGAGCAGGCAGAGCUCUAAGCUGCACACUGCCCUCCAGGAUGGGGAGGGCGAUGUGCCAAUAUUUUAUUGAUACGCCAAAUAUCAAGAUACAUGGAGACAUUUUCACAAUAUCACAAUGUCUUAACGCAAAGAUGGAUUAAAGAAAGAAGUAUGUGAUUAUUGUUAAUAAGUUUUCUGAAUGUAUUAUGGAAUCAGAUGAUAUAUACAUUUUUAUUAAAACAGUUAUUGACCCCA